UGUAUUCGCAAUUUUCGCGCCUAGCGUAACGUACGCGUACGCGCGAUCGCGAUCGUGAUCGUAAUCGUAAUCAGCACAGUCGAACGCACGCGAUCGCGACGAUGCGAUGCGAAGUUUAUGUUUCGCGUCUCUGAAUUGACCACGAUUCCGAGUCAAGUUACGCGAUUUUACGAGUACGAAUCACUCGAACACCCUAUCGCCACCAUUUUGUUCGCGAACUAUAAUUUUGAUCGAUGUGCUCCGAUUUUAAUUUACCUCCGACGCCGCCGCCGUGCAGACGUGACGGCGGUGGCACCAUUGGCACCAGUGCUGCAAAAUGUAAACGAGUCACAUUUAAAGAAAAUGCCCCCAAAAACAAGUGGGAUCAUCGGUUGGACGCGUUGCUCGCUGAUCUGCAAAAUACCAUAUCGCCACCGCCACCGGCACCAUCGGGACGUGUAACACCCAAUUAUAAUUCACUCAAUGGAUCGGUAUCGCGAGGCGAUUACGCUACUAUCAAUUCUACGUCAAAAUAUGACAAAUCCAAUUCGAUUAAAUCGGCUAAAUCUCCGCCGAAUUCGCCUGGUAGUCCGUUGUAUCAAAAUGACGUGGCUGGAAAAACGUAUAAUUACCCAAAAGCUAGCAGUACCAAGAUAUCAUCGUCCUUCAAUAAUAAUCUAUCCGAAUUAGAUAAUUUACUGGAGGAUCUUAGCAGUUCGAAAUAUGCCAACAGAAAAACUUCAACGCCGGUCCAUCUGUACAACAAUGAAUUAUCGCCGAUCAAAAGCAACGGCAGUAUUGUUUCAGCUGGUGGUGGAGGAAGACCGUCUGUGGAUAGUUUACUAGAUGAAUUGAGCACCGCUCUUCCGAAUGGAGGAAGCGAUGGACCGUAUGUGAUGAAAAAAAUGUUGAUGGAGGAAAAAACGACGACGACGACGCGAACGGUAAGGCCAGCCGCGUCGUCUGCCACUCGCGAGUUGGAUGAUUUGAUGGCGUCGCUGUCCGAUUUCAAGGUAUCGAAGGAUCACUCGAACCGUUUGACGUCGAAUACGAAUACGAAUACGAAUAACAACGAUUCGUCGUAUGCGAAAUCGUAUCGAAGCGUAGAAAGCAGCCAUAGCCAUAGCCAAAGUCAAAGGCAAGAAAAUCACGCGACGCAGUUGGAUUCUAUGCUGGGCAGUCUGCAGGCAGACAUGAACAAACAAGGAGUGAACACGACGCAGAAAGGAUGCUGUUCGGCGUGCGAUAAACCCAUCGUCGGCCAGGUGAUCACCGCUUUGGGCAAGACCUGGCAUCCGGAGCACUUCGUCUGUACGCAUUGCAGCCAAGAAUUGGGCACCAGGAAUUUCUUCGAAAGAGACAGCCAUCCGUACUGCGAACCGGAUUACCAUAAUUUAUUCUCACCCAGAUGCGCCUACUGCAACGGACCCAUUUUAGACAAAUGCGUGACUGCUUUGGAAAAAACCUGGCACACGGAGCACUUCUUCUGCGCGCAGUGCGGCAAACAGUUCGGCGAAGAAGGAUUCCACGAACGCGAAGGCAAACCCUAUUGCAAAGAAGACUAUUUCAACAUGUUUGCACCAAAGUGUGGAGCCUGCUUCCGUCCCAUUAUGGAGAACUACGUGUCGGCGCUUUCGCAGCAAUGGCAUUCAUCGUGCUUCGUCUGCAGGGAUUGUCGACAACCAUUCCACAGCGGGUCGUUUUUCGAUCACGAAGGACAGCCGUAUUGCGAAACUCAUUACCAUGCUAAAAGAGGCUCAUUGUGUGCUGGCUGCCAUAAACCUAUCACUGGAAGAUGUAUUACUGCCAUGUUCAAGAAAUUUCAUCCGGAACACUUCGUAUGCGCAUUUUGUCUUAAACAACUCAACAAAGGCACAUUCAAAGAACAAAAUGAUAAACCUUAUUGCCAUCAGUGUUUCGAGAAAUUAUUUGGGUAAUCCGCGGUACCGCAUUCUCCUGCAAAGGAUCGUGUCCAUGUGAACUUACCACCACCUAUGCAAUAUGCAUUUCCUGAUGCAUAUAGUGUAUAAUGCAGCCAGCAGCGUCAUAACCGAGACAGCCACUGUAGCUGCUCCGGCGCGGCGGGCCACGCCCAACCGACGCACUGUUAUUUCAUUUCGUUAUUCGAUUUUUACGUCGACCAAACAUAUCCGUUCGUAAUUAAUUUUAUUAAGAAUUCGUUGUUACAUUCAUAGCGUCUCUAUUUUCAAGCCAUGUUUUCUAUAUUAAGCCAACGACUACCUGUUUAAACAAUGUGUUAACGAUAAUGUGCUUUCUUAUUCGGAAACAAUGUUACUGAUACUCGGUCAAAUCUUCUAACAUACUUAUUCUCGAUUUUACUAUGUUACGCGUGUUAUUUUAUUAAUUUGUUUAACGCUUCAGUCGACUAAUUAAUUCUUUGUUCUUUUCUAAUUUUUAUAAGUUUCUAUAGGUAUGUAUAGAAAUCAAAAUAAAUACCACACAUAACCGUAAACCCGGUCUUA